CGGAAAACUAUUAUUCUAUGAUUUCUGUGAUUUCGCCACACUUGUGUUUACAAAUAAUGAAGUUUAAAUUAUGGAUGAUUUAAAAGUAUGUAGAAUAUGUCUUCGCACUGAUAAGUUUGCGAAAUAUUACAAAUUGGAGGAGUUUUUCUUGAAAUGUUAUUAUGAAGAGAUUACUUCCACUCCGGUCAAUGUUAAUGAUGGUCUACCAAAAUACUUCUGUUAUCAAUGUUCAACAAUACUCAAUAAGUACCAUUUCUUCAAAGAGAAAUGCUGUUUUGCACAGAGGGCACUUAUACAGAUGGCAAGAGUCGCUCCACUUACCUAUGACAAAAUAUGCAAUAUGUAUUCAAGAAAGCAUCCAAUUAUAAAACGUGGUAUCAUAGAAAUUUUAAAAGCAGAUAAAAAAGUAAAAACUUUUAAUUUUCAAGAAGAACUACAGAUGACACCUGAAACAAAAACUAAAGUGUUGAAUAUAGAUAGCGAGUGUGAUAACUUUGAAAGCAAUGAUGAUUUAUACGCCGAUAGUGUUCAAAUUUCAGACAAUGAUGAUGAAUUGAAAAGGAAAGAUAGUCCAGCAAGAAUAACAUAUAUGGAAGAAGAAAAAUCAAAUGACAAACUAGAAGAAGAGCCAGUCGUCUAUGAAAAAAGUCUAAAAUACUGCAGAGACUUUUAUUAAAGCAGUCAAAAAACAAAAAGAGAACAUCUGUUAAGAAGAAGACACCAGAAGUUGCUCAUAAGCCAGAGACUGAGAAACGUCAGUUUACAAAAUCAAAGGAUGGUAAGUUGAAAUCUCUUCAGUUUCUCGAUUCCGGUUUCUGGAAGAAACUUGCGCUUAAUGAGGAGGAAGCUUUGAAGGAAUUUCAGGCAAAAGCACAUAAUGAGAAGUAUUUGCAUUCACCAUACAAAUGUACUGAUUGUCUCAAGGCAUUUUCACAGAAAAAUAUGUUGGAGAGACAUCUACUUCUAAGACAUAAAGAGGCGGUGGGUUCGCAAGUUUGUCGAUUCUGCAAGGAACGCUUCAAGCAGGCUUGUUACCUCAGAAAGCAUAUGAAACAGCAUUAUACCAAAUAUGAAUGUCUGCGGUGCGACCUGGUGUGUAAUGUCGAAACAACUGCUUUGUUCCAUGAAGAGUAUCAUAGUGGAGUGACCAGGAAAUGCCCACACUGUAAAAGAGAAUUCAAACAUAUGUCAUCGUUUUACGCUCACCUGCGUACACAUCGCAGCAAGCAUAUGUGUUCACUCUGCGGCGAGUCAUUCGUCAGUCCGUUAGGUUUACAUCAGCAUAAGAGAUUGAAGCACGUCAUUGCACCGGAUAACCUAGUAACGGACGGUGAAAACAAUACUUACUGUGAUGUAUGCAAGAUCACGUUUGAGACCAAAGAGGCGUACACGAAACAUCUGUUGCAUUCAGCCAUGCACACGGACGAUUCCACACCUGGAGGUAAGGGGUCCGAUGACAUAGUGGACGAGGAUGAAGAUCAGUCCGAAGAUCCCGACGCACCCAAACAAUUGCAUGAGAGGAAGUCUAAAGUGGAGAGGACUUUGUCUGCGGUCAGAAAGAACAACUUGUCAGUGGUGCCUAAAUGGACUAUGCAACCUACCACGUGUCAACACUGUGGAAAGCAUUUCCCGUCGCAGUACGCAUGCAGGAGGCAUCAUCUGGCGAAACAUUUGCAGACGCCGCUCCAUACGGAGGAGGAUCGUGUCAUAUGCGAGAUAUGCGGCGCUUCGUUAGCUCCUGGAAGUGUGGCAGUGCAUAUGAACAAACACACUCGUCAAACGGUAUUCACUUGCGAGACGUGCGGCAAAUCGUUCACUACUAAGAACAUACUAAGAAACCAUAUGGCGACUCACACCGGUGAAAAGAAUCACGUUUGUAAUUUGUGCGGCAAAAGGUACUCGCAGAACGGCGGUUUGAAUCUACAUUACCGUACUAUACAUCUCAAACAACCUUAUAUCAGGAAAAGAAGAAAGAAGAUUGAUGAAAAUAUCGGUGCGUUAUUCGCUAAUCAAGAGUUCAUUGGUGGAAUGCAAUGAGUCAUAAAAAUGUAAAAAUCAAGAAAACUCUAAUAAAUUGGAUAUGCGU